AUGCCCGGACGCGGCGGCGCGCGCCCUCCGCCUCCGGACUCGCCGCGGUACCCCCCGCGCGCGACCGAGCUCGGCCCGGACGCCGCCGCCGACGUCGUCGAGGGGGGAGAUCGCGGACCGCGCGAUGGCGCGUCGUUCUCAUCGUCGGCAUUCUGUCGGACGAUCGCGAUCGCCGUCGCGGUCGCGACCGUCGCGGUCGUCCUCGGCGUCGUCGCGUCGAGCGGCGGCGACGGCGAGCUCCUCCCCGGGGUUGGUAUCAAACUCCCGAGGUGGACGUACACCGCGGGCGGCGGCGGCGGGGGGAAGCGCGCGAACCCGCUCACGGCGGCGAUCGUAGCGCACCGCGCGCGCGUGCGCCGCGCGCGCGAACGCGUUCACCACGCCGCGCACGAUUAUGCGCGCGAUGACGACGACGACGACGACGACGGCGACGACGACGGCGACGACGGCGCGGGUUCGACGCGCGGACGACGACCGAGAGUCCUUAAGGAUCGGCGUUCACCACGCGAACGCGGUCGUAUGGGCAUCAGACCGGAGCCCGGGCUCGUCGUUCUCACGACGCGCUCGUUCGGCGACGCGACGCGCGGGAAGACCGCGAUCGUGCUGUUCCGCUCGGUCGCGACGCCGCGGGUCCGGAAUCUCCGCGACGCCGUGCUCGGGUCGCUCAAGCGUCAUAUCCCGGAGGGGGUCGUGCACGUGUACGGCGAGGUGGACGUGAAGGACGACUCGCUGCUGCGCAUGCGGUACGCGAACGCGAUCCAUCACGCCGGUCGCGACGAGGCGCCGACGACGCUCAGGGCGCGGAAGCAAAAAAGCGCGAGCGGCCUCGACCUCGACGACGGCGGAAACGGCGCUACCGCGACCGAGUACCGGUUCGGCCGCCGGAGGCUGCUCGCGCGUCAGACGCAGCUGUCGCUGUUCGUCGACGGGCUCCACGUCGCGGUGUUCAGAGACGGCGCCGCGACGGAGCGAAAUCUCGCCGCGUGGGUCACGUCCGAGCUGAGCCGAGGGAAGGUGGUCGGCCCGAUGAGCGCGAGCGCGGCGCGCGCGUGGGCGGCGACGGCGACGCCGCGGCGGCCCGUCGUCGUCGGGUGCGAGGACGGCGCGUCGACGCGCGCGCUGCGACGCGCGGCGGAGACGCACGGCGGCGGGCACCGCGACCACGGCGACGACGGCGGGGACGAACGCGGCGACGAAACGGUCGCGAGGGUGGGGUUUCUCUCCGGAGCGUACGCGUGCGAGACGUUUCUCGGCGCGGGCGCGGACGUCGGCGAUUUCGCCGUCUUCGCGUCUGCGCGGGAAGACGAAACGUCGCCGACCGUCGCGACGACCGUCGUCGCGGCGAAGAAGGCGGCGACGGCGGCCGAGGGAGGGCGCGGGGUCCGCGCGCGCCCGACGCCGACGGAGGCUCUGCGGUCGGUGGCGGAUCCGUUCCACGCGUUGUCGUGGGAGAACGAGUACGAUCUCGUGGCGUCGAGGGUCAGCGGCGCGAAGCUGAAGCCCACGAUCGCGCUGCUUCGACCGCCGAGCGCUGCUUUGGGGGAAGAAGGAACGUCGACCGUCGCCAACGCGAACGCGAACGCGAACGCCGUCCUGGAAGCCGUGCGAUCGCUCCCGCCGUCGGAUCGACGCCACGUGCACUGGAUCGUCGCCGACGCGACGGCGUAUCGCGCGACGUUUCACGAGCCGUGCGAGGGGGGCGAGCGAGACCCGAAGUGCCCGGCGUUCGCGCUGACGUUCUCCACGCCGAUCGAGUGGGACGACGAAGAGAAGCGCGAAGAGAAGCGCGAGUUCAUAGCGCGAUUGAUAGCCGCCGAGGCGAACGCGAACGCGAACGCGAACGCCGCCGAAGGCGACGAAGAAGAAGACGAAGACGCCGCGACGGAAGAGCCCGAGGACCUCGAACGCCGUCCUGGAAGCCGCGCGAUCGCUCCCGAUCCCGAAAACGUCGGAUCGACGCUGCGUGAGAUGGAUCGUCGCCGACGCGACCUCGAGUGGCUCGGGUUUCUUCACACGCACGAGGAGAAGGCGGCGCGGAGAAAAUUCGCCCUGACGCGGCGUCGCUCGGACCCGCCGUGGAACGUCCACGAGCUGAAGAGCGAACUAAGGGCGUUCGUCGCGAUGGUCAAGUCGCGCCGCGGCGAGGAGAGACUCGCGAUCGCGGCGGAUAAGGUCGACCGCGCCGCCGCGAGCGCGUUGCUGACCUCGAAGGUCGACGACGCGGAGGACGCGGACGACGACGACGACGACGACGACGACGAGGAAGUCGUCGUCGACGGCGACGGCGACGGCGGCGACGGCGGCGAGGAAGAAGUCGCGGAAGAUAAUAAAAACGCCUCGGCGCCUCUGAAGAAGAAGAAGACGAACGCCGCGGACGAGCUCGCGUGGCCGUCGCUUCGCGCGCCUUGGGACGAGUCGUCGGCGCCCGGCGAGAAGCACGACCUCCAGAGCGAGAUCCUCCUCCGCCGCGACGCCGCGGUCGCGCGCUGCGACGAGUGGGCGCGGUACGCGCGACACCUGCGCGAGCACGUCGAGUCGCUCUCGCCGGACACGCGGUCGGAGCGUCGCGCGAUCGUGGACGGCGCGAAAG